UGCCACAUGGGCUUUGCAAAAGCAGCGAUUGCACUGGAGGGACUCGGCUGGGUCUGGGGCGGCCGCUUCCACUGCCAAGAGACAAGAGCCUUCGCAAUGGAUGAUGGAGCAGAGUCUCUGAUGACCGUGCAUCUCCUCACCCAUUUGGGACACUCAUUUCCUCUGCGGCAAACUCUGGAUCGCCUUUUGGAGUGGCUCUACCUGGACGUUCGCCUUUUCCUGGUGUCCGAGAGAAUUCCCCCCCUGAAAUACUACGAGAGGUACCGCAAGAGGAGCUGCAGCUUCCCUGGAAUAUCCAUCCUCCUUUUUCUGCACGAGGACUUGGGAGAAGAACGGAUUUUCCAGGUCCACGAGCAGUUCCAGCGCCCUCCCUGGCGGUACCAGCGGGCCCAGUUUGCUGAUGGGCAAAGCCCCCCCUAUGCCCCAUCCCACCAGGACUUCUAUGGCCUGGAUGAGCAGCUGCCCGUGUGGGGCGUCAGGCGGGCGCACCGCGGCCCCGAAAUCCUGCGCGUCACCCUCUACUGCAGCUUUGACAACUACGAGGAUGCAGUCAGGCUCUACGAGAUGAUCCUCCAGAAAGAAGCCACUCUGCAGAAGAGCACUUUGUGUGUCUUCGUGCUGCACGCCACCCCACACGUGGCCGUGCAGCUGUGCCUGAAGCAGCUGCCCAUCGGGGUGGCCGCCGAGCCCAGAGACUCGUCAGCCUUGCAGUUCAAGGUGCAAGAAAUCGGGCAGCUGGUGCCCCUCCUUCCCAACCCCUGUGUUCCUAUCAGCAGCACCAGGUGGCAAACACAGGACUAUGAAGGAAAUACAAUUCUGCUCAAGGUUCAAAGCAGCUGCAGGACCCUUGAAAGAAACAUCGGGCUUUCCCAGCAGCACAACGUAACAGGCAGUGGAAAAAUCACGCAGGACUGUAUGCCAGUCCCUCUCCCUGGAAAACAGGGUAAUCCUGGGCGGAGAAGCCAGGAGGUCAGAGCUCUGAAGAGUAAAGCAAAACCUGAGCCCAGUGAAGUCGCUGUCUCUGAGCAAGCCGGCGGUGACCUCCGGAGGCGCUCCUGCGGUGCCCGCGGUGCGGCAGCAGCCCGGCCGCGCUGGGAAGCGCCUUCUCUCGGCAGGCAGGGGGCCCGGGGGCCGCGGGCUCCUCUCCCGGAGAGCCGCCGGCCCCGGGCACCAGAGACCGACGUGGACACCGGGCUGGCCGUGGGGAAUCCCGGCCGCUGCCCGCUGAGCCGUCUCCCCGGGGCCCUGCGGAGCAGCCCCCGGCAGCAGCCGCGCCCCGGGGCCGGGAGCGACAAAGCGGAGCUCGGAGCAUCGCGGACCAGCCCCGCACACCCGGCACAGGACGAGGAGGAGGAAUUCUUUAUAUGA